AUGAGGACUUCUUUGGCAUUAGUCUUUGCGGCGCUUGCUCAGCGAGCCGUCUCCACACGCAGUCCGCUCCUCCAAUGGGACCCCGAUACGGUCAAGGACUGUAUCGAUUGGUACAACAACGGCGAAGGCGAAACUUGCGAAUACGUGCGCGAGCUCUACGGCAUCACUCCAGCAGAGUUUAACGAAUGGAACCCUUCAGUCGGCCUUGAUUGCAAGGGCUGGUAUUGGCAAUCCUACUGCGUCAUCACGCAAAGAAAAUUGGACAGCAUCAAACCAACGACAACUUCCUCCAAGGUGACCACCACCAGCACGAGCAAAGCUCCCUCUCUAGCGCCUUCCCCUACCGCCUGGAACGCCUUGGGAUGCUACGCUCAGAAUCCGACCCGCCCGAUCCUCGAGCAGAACAUGAAUGCAAACGGAGACGCAUCCCUGACUGUUCCCAAGUGCAAGAACAGCUGCUACCGCCGCGCCUUCAACUUCGCAGGUGUACAGGAAGGCAAUCAGUGUUGGUGCGGCAGCUACGUAGGCGGCGAGUGGACAAAGAAUCAGACCGACUGCCACGCUCCUUGUACUGGCAACAAGGCGGAGAUGUGUGGAGGCAAGGGCGUUGUCAACGUUUUCGAGGCAUUGCAGAACGCUGCGCCAGCCGCCACUACCACUAAGAGCGCGAGUGUCAAGGCCGCUGCCGCGAGCAAUGGCGCCAUCAAGAACAGGGCUCUCUUUGGGAUGGGCUUUUAG